AUGAUUCCCGGAUCGCGAGAUGGAAAUUUAAGCGGUGCACUGCGGGCACAAACUCAGAACAAGCAAGCAUCACCAAUAAAGUCAAAGACGCUAUCUGAGAUAGAUGCGGAGUUGCAGAAUUCUGGUUGGCGGAAAUCUACAUUUGCCCAAAGGAACUCUUUUACGUGGAGAGCAUUACCAAACUUUAACAAUCAAACUCAAAAAGAUGUCUGCAUAACUGGUCUUGACACCCCUAAAUGUGCAAUGUCUCGAGAUAGAAGAAAACCGGACAAAAAGUUAGCAGAGGAAAAUGUGCUCCCCUCCGUCUUUACAGAUUGCUCUUGGGUUAUUACGCCGGAGCCAGAGCUAGAAAGGUCUUCCCAUGUAUUGGAAGGGUCGUGUGAAAAUAAUCCAACGCCAAAUAGCUCCUCAGAAAAUGCAAAGAGGGAUUCAGAUAGGCAGGCUUUUGUGCUUCGAAAAAAUGUCAAAGGGAUUCGCGUGCAGGAGAGACUUGCAGAAGCUAACGCCGUGACAAGCAACCCUCUCAGGCCUGCCCAGAAUUGCACAUACAUUUCAGAUUGUCCGAUUGAUUCCUCAAAGCCGACCUUUCUUGUUACACAUGCAAUGCUACAAAGCUUGUCCUCCACAAGGCCCAAAAUUAUCCGACUUAAAAAGUCAAAUUAA